AUGCCCAGCCGUCGCGAGCCCAUCUUGUACUUGGUCGGGCUCUGCAUGAUGGCCUUUUCUUGCCGUCCUUCGGGAAACGCAUACCGGUCACUCUGCAAGCCAUGCAGUCAUCAAACUGUUCCCCCGCCAGCGCCUUCUCCACCUCCUCUGGCUUCAUCUGCCAGGGGGCGCUGUCCUUCGGGGGUACCAUGGCUGUAUUGUGGCUGGUCGGAUGAAGGAAGGCGGAAGCCGGAGCAACGCGAUGAACUGGUCGGCUACCGCGAUAGAAACAAGGGAGCCCUGGACCUAUUGACUUCCCAGAGCCGUGUCCCGAUCCUAGAACAUGUGUACCGCUCCCGGCCGCCCUCCGCAUCGUCCCUCAUCCCACUCUAUCUCGCCCACCCUGAGCCGCGUCCCUCGCUGCUCUACCUGCCCGGCGCCUCUCCGCCGGUCACGGUAUUCUCCAUUACGCACUCCAACCUCCUCUUCCUGUCUCCCAGCGAUGUGGACGCCGACCCGCUGCUCGUCCUCGAGUUCCUGCACCGGGUGAUCGACGUGCUGGAGGAGUUUAUCGGUGCGCCCUUGCUCUCGACCAAGCUGCAGGCCAACUAUGAUGUCGUCGCGCAGCUGCUCACGGAGAUGUGCGAUGCGGGGCUGGUGUGUAACACGGAGAUUAAUGCUCUGCAAGAAAACGUGGAGGUUCCGGGAUGGGUGGACAAGUUGCUCGGCGGGGUAGGAUUGUCAGGGACUUCAUCGCCAGCUCUCGCACCGUCGAAUCCGCUAAAACAAUCGUUAUCUCCGGCGGCCAAUGUGGCUUCCGGGCCGGCAAUUCCAUGGCGACGGCCAGGUGUACGCCAUACCUCCAAUGAACUAUACGUCGAUAUCAUUGAAUCGCUAUCCGUGACGAUUGCACCGUCAGGAAGAAUUAUUUCCGCUUUGGCGUCGGGCACGAUCGCAUUCACUGCAAAAAUAUCAGGGGUGCCAGAUCUGGUCCUGACGUUGACCACUCCGGCAGGCCAGCAAGGAAUCUCCCGCAAGAUGGAACUUCCUGUCUUUCAUCCCUGCGUGCGUCUCGCGCGAUGGCGAGAGCGGCCAGGUGAGCUUAGCUUUGUGCCUCCGGACGGCCGAUUCAUCCUCGCGGGUUACGAAACCGACCUCCUUCCAAUAGAUCCGGGCCUGGACAAGCCCCCGACUCACAUGGAGAAAUUAUUCCUACCAGCAUUUGUCGAUGUGCAGAAGAUGCUGGGGCCAAAUGGGACGGAUUUUGAAGUUCGCUUGACUCUGAAUACCAACUUUCCCGGCAGUACUGCGUCGUUCCGACACGGCACAGGACGCAGCGGAUCCGGCACGUCUACGCCGUCGUUCCUAGGUGGAAGCUCGACCAGCGGCAGUUCUUCUGCUCCCGCUCUCGACGAAGUCGUCGUGCAUGUCCCCAUCCCCAAGGCGGUCCGCAAUAUCACCGAUAUGCGCCCGAGCCGGGGUGAAGCCAACUACUCGCCAGGAGAUGAAUUUCUGGAAUGGCGGGUGCCGACCAAGGAUGCAGGGUCGAUUUCCGGGACAGCAACGUUACGUUGCACUGUCGUCGGCCACCAGGAAGACGUCUUCGACGAGACGGAAGCAGAAAUGACCGCCAACGCGAACAUGCUGCAGGGUUACUACGACGCCGAGUCCUACCAGCAGGACCCGACGACCUACACAUCAUCAUCGUAUCCGAAUGAAAAGCCGACCAAACAACGCAAGUCCAAGUCAUCCAAAACGAAAUCCUCCAAAUCGAAGAAAUCCCGCUCCAAAAAGGCUUCGUCUUCCGCUGCUGCACCAGACGCGGCUGAAGAGCCUUCUCCAUCGCCCACGCCACCACCACAACCGCCUUCUGCACCGUCGAAGAAUGACUCUUCACGCAAAGCGCAGCUAAAGGCGUCGCUGAUGCCCACCUCGGCGACCGUCUCGUUCUCCGUCCGCGGCUGGCUACCCUCAGGGAUCCGGGUCGAGAGUCUGAUCAUCGACCCGCGCCGGAGCCGCGGUUUAGGCGAGGGAGUGCGGCCGUACAAGGGGGUGAAAUAUCUUACUUACGCAUGUACUGUACGCAUGUACUGUACGCAUGUACUGUACGCAUGUACUGUACGCAUGUACUGUACGCAUGUACUGUACGCAUGUACUGUACGCAUGUACGCAUAUAAAAUAAUAAUGACGAUGGAUGAUGAUAAUGAUGAUGAUGACUACGACCGUGACCGUCAAUUCCAAUCCAUUCUGACGUAG